AGUUAUUUAUUCACACUUAUUAAUAUUUUUGUAAAAAUACAUUAACAUUUUUCAUAAUUUAUUUUUCGGGAAGGGACUGAGUCCACACAUCAGACAUAGUCCUUCUUUUAAGUGAUCAUUUAGGACUGUUGCAGUGCAGGCAGCUUUUAGUGGGACUGAUUUGUAAAGGCACAAUCUAAAUCCAGUUUCUUCCAUGAGAUUUCCCUUAAAGGAUGGGGGAGAGGGGAAUAUACAACAAGGACUUUAUACACAGGUACUUCUCAGCCCAGUUCAGCGCUCUGGCUCCCAUGGGCUAGGAUGUUAGCUGCCCUAUUGAAUUCUCCAACCACUAUCCACAUAAGGUGGGCAAUCUGGUGUGGAAGGAGAGGUGGGUUGGGGUGGUAGGGCUAAGAGUUGAAAAGCUUUAUUUAGAUAUAUAGGUAUAUUUGGGGGGAAGGAAACUGGGGGGAGGGGGGUUUGAAGGCUGACUGAGGUGGUGCGAGAACUCAAGUGCUGCCCUACUGACUCCCAACAGGACAAGAACCACCCCAAACCUGAUGUUUUUGACUCCUCCUAUCUGGUCGCCAAGGCUUGGACUGGUCCUGAAGCCUGUGAUACCGCAGAAGUGGGCUUCAGAUCAUCCACAGGCACGCGCUGGACCCCAGCGUCUAUUCAGGAAUCAAAGGGCUUCUGGCGGUGGUGGUUGCCCAGCUUGACGGUUCUCCGCAGGGCGGGGCUGGGAGAAGAGCGAGGGAACUCAGAGGAGCGUCCUGAGUUGCCAUGGAAACGAGGGCCGGCGGAAGGCUUCCCAGCCACAAGGAGUCCGUUGAAAUUUGCCCCCAGGGAUUGCUGGUGUUCACCGGAACUUCGGAACAGGACUCGAACUUGGCCAAGCAGUUCUGGGUCGCGGCGUCGAUGUACCCUACUAACGAAUCUCAGUUGGUGCUGUCCCGAGGUAGCAGUCAGCGCCUGCCGGUGGCCCGGCCCUCUAGGCGCCGUCCGCCUGAGACUACUGAUAUCACCGCUGAAACCAUAAAGAUUCAGGAAUCUGAGGAGAAAAAAAAGUAUCUCCAAAAGAACAACUCUGAGAAGUACCGUAAUUACCCUUGUUUAAUACCUGAGGAAGUUGAGGUUGAAACAUAUGCAAUUUUCUGCCUGGAUGUCUCCAAAACUGACAUAACUGGAUUUUAUGAAAGAAUUUUUGUACCUGCUAAAAGGAGAGAUGAGAUUCUCCAACUCUUAAGAAAACAAAGAGAAGAGAGGAUCUCGAAAGAAGUGGUUUCCCUUCCUUAUAAGCCAAAGGCCAAAGUACACAAAGCAAAGUAA